CACACACACACACACACACAGAACCAGGAAUUUAAUUUCAUUUCGUUUCAGAGAAAACAAAACUCGCACAGUUCUCAGAAUCUCCUCUCCUUCUGUCUGUCUCUUAUUGCUCUCAGUGUGUGACUGCACAAAAAAAAAUGGCAGAGGUUGGUAUUUCAGACCAGAAUCAGUUAAUCUGUCCAGUGUGUCUGGAUAUUCUGAAGGAUCCUGUAACUAUUCACUGUGGGCACAAUUUCUGUAAGGUGUGUAUUAAUGGAUUCUGGGAUCUGGAGGAUGUGAAGGGUGUCUACAGCUGCCCCCAGUGCAGAGAGACUUUCACUCCAAGGCCUGUUCUACGCAGGAACAACAUGCUGGUUGAAAUGAUGGAGAAACUGAAGAAGACUGAACUCCAAGCUGCUUCUCUUGCUCACUGUUACGCUGGACCUGGAGAUGUGGAGUGUGAUUCCUGCACUGGGAGAAAACGCAAAGCCACUAAUUCCUGUCUGGUGUGUCAGGCCUCCUAUUGUGAAGAUCAUCUUAAACCUCACUAUCAGUCUCCUGCCUUUAAGAAGCACAAGUUAGUUGAAGCCUGUGCAGAGCUCCAAGAGAAGAUCUGCUCUGAACACAACAAACUGACCAAGAUCUUCUGUCGUACUGACCAAAGCUUCAUCUGUUAUUUGUGUACGAUGGAUGAACAUAAAGGUCAUGAUACAGUUUCAACUAAAGCAGAAAGAAAUGAAAAACAGGAUGAGCUAAAGGAGGAGCAGAUGAAAUCCCAGCAGAGGAUCCAGGAGAAGCAGAAGGAGGUGCAGGAGCUGAAACAGACUGUGGACACUAUUAAGAAGCGUUCAAAGGCAGCAGUAGAUGACAGUGAGAGGAUCUUUACUGAGAUGAUCAGAUCCAUGAAGAAAAAGCGCUCGGAGAUGACGGAGCUGAUCAGAGCUCAGGAGAAAGCUGAACUGAGUCAAGCUGAACGACUCCUGAAGCAACUGGAGCAGGAGAUUGCUGAUCUUCAGAGGAGAGUCACUGAGCUGGAGCAGCUUUCACUCACACACGAUCACAUCCACUUCCUCCAGAGUUUCCCGUCUCUCUGUGUUUCUCCUGGAUGUGACGACUCACCCAGCUUCACUGUCAAUCAACAUCUCUCGUUUGAUGGAGUGAGGAACUCUCUCUCAGAUCUGAAAAAACGAGUCGAGGAAAUUUGUGAGGAGGAAUUCAACAAAAUCUAUCCACAAGCAGUUCACAUGAUUUUACCCUCAAAACCAAAGAGCAGAGAAGAUUUUCUGCAGUAUUUCUGUUAUCUGACUCUGGAUCCAAACACAGUAAAUCCUGAACUCAUUCUGUCUGAGAAGAACAGAGCGGUGACAUGCAGUGAGACAGAACAGAGAUACUCUAAUCAUCCAGAGAGAUUUGAUUCCUGGCGGCAGGUGUUGUGUAAGGAGAGUGUGUGUGGAUGCUGUUACUGGGAGGUGGAGUGGAGGGGCGAUGUGGAAAUAUCAGUCUCAUAUAAAGAGAUCAGCAGGAAAGGAGCAGGUAAGGAGUGUGCGUUUGGAUUCAACAGUCAGUCCUGGAGUCUGUGGUGUUUUUCUUCCUCUGUCUGUUUCCGACACAACAACAUUCAGACUGAUCUCCGAGGUCCAUUAUUCUCCAGAAUAGGAGUGUAUUUGGAUCACAGUGCAGGAACUCUGUCCUUCUACAGCGUCUCUGACCCGAUGAGGCUCCUCCACAGAGUCCACACCACAUUCACUCAGCCUCUAUACGCUGGGGUCUGGAUAUGGGGUUCUAACUCAUCUGUGAGGUUUUGUGAUCCAAUGAAUAAAUUAAAUGUUGGUAAAAGUUGAAAUGUUUAAUAAAAUUAUAACUGAAGUGUCAGAUUGAAUUUCUCCCUGAAAUACAAAGACACUUUUGUGUACAGAAACUGUAGCAUCAGUGAAUUAUUAUUUUCAAAGUGCUUCUGUUUUAUAGAGUAAUUCUAAAUAAAUUACAUACAGUGGUGCUUGAAAGUUUGUGAAAACAGGGUGCCCACUCACACCUGAUUGUCAUCCCGUUGAUUGAAAACGCCUGACUCUAAUUUCACCUUCAAAUGAACUGCUAAUCCUAGAGGUUCACAUACGUUUGCCACUCACAGAUAUGUAAUAUUGGAUCAUUUUCCUCAAUAAAUAAAUGACCAAGUAUAAUAUUUUUGUCUCAUUUGCUUAACUGGGUUCUCUUUAUCUACGUUUAGGACUUGUGUGAAAAUCUGAUGUUUUAGGUCAUAUUUAUGCAGAAAUACAGAAAAUUCUAAAGGCUUCACAAACUUUCAAGCACCACGAUAAAAAUGUCAAUGUAGGAUGUUUCUAGAAAAAAAUAGUCUCUUUGAAAGCAUUUGUUUUAAAUGUAUGCACUAUUAUGAGAUUUGUUAUAGUGAUAAACAGAAUUUGAGAUGUAAAUGUUUUUUGCAAAAUCGGUUUCUUCAGAAAUAAUCAAUCUUUCUCAAACUACCACAUCUUUCUGUCGUGCUGCUGGUGGAAACGCACCCUACUGUGUGUCAGAACAUAUUUAAAUUUUUAACCAUUUUCUGUUUAAGAAAUGCAUUUAACAUAUUCAGACCCCUUUAAAAAAUAACAUUUAAAAUAUGGAAUAAAUGCUCAUUUUGCAUAUUUUGGAAUCUACACCUAUAAAGAUUAC